CCAGAGUGGAACAGUAAACACGCAUAGACAGGAAACUCACAUGGAUUAAACCAACAAAGAGGACUGAAUAUUCCCAUCAACUUGCUGGAUUGUUGUUCUUCUAAAGAAUUGAUCAGGUUCUAUUUCUUCAAACACUUCCACAUCAAAGCCUCCUUUGAGAACCGGUCCAGCUCUUGAGAAAACCUGAAUCUUCACUCCACUCAAAGUCCAGACAUAAAAAUGGUCGGCAGGAGAGCUGGAGAUGUAAUGCCCUCCGCGACGGUGAAGUUCUUCGGAGCCGGCACAGCAGCCUGCAUUGCUGACCUCAUUACUUUUCCUUUGGACACUGCCAAAGUUAGACUACAGAUCCAGGGAGAAGCUCAGAAAGCAGAAGGAUUCACUGCAGUGAAGUACCGAGGUGUGUUUGGCACCAUCACUACCAUGGUGAGAACAGAGGGGCCCAGGAGUCUGUACAACGGACUGGUGGCAGGUCUCCAGAGACAGAUGAGCUUUGCCUCAGUCCGGAUCGGUCUUUAUGACUCCAUGAAGCAAUUCUACACACGAGGAACUGAAAGUGCUGGAAUUGUGACGCGCCUCAUGGCGGGCUGUACCACAGGUGCCAUGGCUGUGGCUUUUGCACAACCGACAGAUGUGGUGAAAGUGCGCUUCCAAGCCCAGGUACGACAGCUGGAUGGUGAGAGGAGAUACAACAGCACCAUUAAUGCCUACAAGACGAUAGCCAGAGAUGAAGGCAUUCGUGGACUUUGGAGAGGUUGCAUGCCAAAUAUCACCCGCAAUGCCAUAGUAAACUGUGCAGAGCUGGUCACCUACGACAUGAUCAAAGAACUUAUUAUCAAGUACGACUUGAUGUCAGAUAACCUGCCGUGCCACUUCACAGCUGCCUUUGGUGCAGGCUUUUGCACCACAGUGGUGGCUUCUCCUGUGGAUGUGGUCAAAACCCGGUUCAUGAACUCUGGAAGUGGGCUUUACAGUAGUGCAGUCAAUUGUGCUCUCACAAUGCUAAAAAAUGAAGGACCUGCAGCUUUCUACAAAGGGUUUGUGCCGUCUUUCCUGCGGCUGGGCUCCUGGAACAUUGUGAUGUUUGUGACAUAUGAACAAAUUAAAAGAGGAAUGACCAGAACACAGCCGUACUGGGAGUCACCGUUUUGACAGCAUCUGGUUGGACUGGUUUUACUUCAUAACCACAGUGAUAAAAAGGCCAAAUCAACAAUACAUCAGGAAAAAGAGGCACGUGAAGCGGAGACAGCCUUUUGUGGCCCAUGUUCUCCGGCGUGGAUGGAUUUCAGACUGUAACUAUGAGAGCAGGAGGAGCUUCAAGUUCACCAAUCAGUGCCCAUGCACUCUAAACACUUAUGGCAGGAGGAAACACUUCUUUUUGGAUUCCUAUGGUGAAAGUCUUCGACAACAGAUGGAUCUAAAAUCCAAAUCUAAAACUUGAUCAACUGACUGAAUGAUGAUGAACUUUUAUGUUUACAAAAGUGAUCUGAAAGAUCAUAUGGCUGCAAUAGUUUCAGUAGUGUUGGUUGUUUACACUAUUUAUCAUUUUAUGCACACACUUCUUAUUGUGAAUGGUGAUUUAUUGCUGGCCAAUGAGUCAUGAGUAUGUUGCACAUUAAAAAAAUUGAACUUUU